GCGGCUCAGCCCACGUCCCACGUGAAGCCGCGGGGGCGGGCGCCGGCGCCUUCCUGCUCUAUCCUUGUAUGGUGACCCGAGGGGCCGGCCCUCGAGUACUUAAGCAAAGGCGCGACAAAGCGCGCCCAGAGCCAACAGUCGCCCAGGCCACACAGUCGCCGCCGCGGGAGCCAGGGAAGGGCAAGACGAGGGAGAGGACCUCGGGGAGCAGAAAGCUUUGCGAUGCCGAUCGCCAUGAGGCUGGAGGCGGCGGCCGAGCUGGAGUGUGCGGCGCUGGGCGCACUGCUGCGGGAACCGCGGGAGGCCGAGGGCACGCUGCUGCUCGACUGCCGCCCGUUCCUGGCCUUCUGCCGGAGCCACGUGCGCGCCGCGCGGCCUGUGCCCUGGAACGCGCUACUGCGGCGCCGUGCGCGCGGCACCCCCGCUGCCGCCCUCGCCUGCCUGCUGCCGGAUCGCGCGCUCCGGGCACGCCUGGGUCGCGGGGAGCUGGCCCGCGCAGUGGUGCUGGACGAAGGCAGCGCGUCUGUGGCUGAGCUCCCGCCCGAUGGCCCCGCUCACCUGCUGCUAGCCGCACUGCUGCACGAAAUGCGCGCGGAAUCCACAGCCGUGUGCUUCUUGAGAGGUGGCUUCAAACGCUUCCAGACAUGCUGUCCGGAUCUGUGCUCCGAAGGCCCUGCCCAGGCACUAUCUCCUGUUGGAGCCGAAAAAAGCAGCUCUGACCCUAGGGCUCCUGUUUAUGACCAGGGCGGUCCUGUGGAGAUCUUGCCCUACCUGUACUUGGGCAGCUGCAGCCACUCCUCAGACCUUCAGGGGCUGCAGGCCUGCGGUAUCACAGCCGUUCUCAAUGUCUCUGCCAGCUGCCCCAACCAUUUUGAGGGUCUUCUCCGUUACAAGAGCAUUCCAGUAGAGGAUAACCAGAUGGUGGAGAUUAGUGCCUGGUUCCAGGAGGCUAUCGGUUUCAUUGACUCAGUGAAGAAUAGUGGGGGCCGGGUGUUGGUGCACUGCCAAGCUGGAAUCUCUCGCUCAGCUACCAUCUGCCUGGCAUACCUGAUUCAGAGCCACCGAGUGCGGCUGGACGAGGCCUUUGACUUUGUUAAGCAACGUCGGGGAGUCAUCUCCCCCAACUUCAGUUUCAUGGGGCAGCUGCUGCAGUUUGAGACCCAGGUGCUAUGUCACUGAGUCAAACCUGGUCUCACAGUGAUGCCUCUCUGACUCUUCGGGGAUGAGACUGUGGGCCUCUGGGCUCCUCUCUGUCCUCAAAUUGGGGUGCUAGGAAAGCCAGGAUGAUGGCUUUUCUGAUGUGGUGCUCUUCUGCUGGGGCUUUAAGGCUGGCCCUUAUCCAGGGGACCAGGGCGGAUAGUAUAUUUGCCCUCCCUCCCCCGACUCUGGCAGAAAUGAACUGGACUCUAAACCCAUGUAUUGUAGUCCCAUAUGUUAAAGCCCUUGCUAGCCCAAGGGCUCACGGAACAAGCUGUGACAAGCAGUAACCGUGUCUAGGGGUGUGAACCCCUUGGUGAAAGCUCGAACCUUGUGCUCCCAGGGGAGCCAGGAAGUGAUGCGUGUGUCACGUCACUGACAUCUUGCCUUUGUGUGAAAGUAUGUGUGCGUCUCGCCACAGUUGGUGCUGAGAAGUUGUGUUCAACUGACAUUUAACACUCCCUCCCUGCCUUCCUCCCAGCCCCGUGGGCCAGGGAGGGGGCCGUUGGAAACAGCACUUUAUAUUUAUAUAGAACAUUGAGGAUGUGUCAAU